CGGGCGCCCGGGCAGGCAUCCCCUCACCACCGAUCGAUCGUCCGCCAACCAACCCUUGAAGCUGACAAGAGCCUUGAAACAACACAGUCGACCCCUCACUCUAAAACCACCCAGCCAUUCUGUCGACGCGUGCUCUCUCUCUUCAGGAUGAAGUUGAUCAGGUUUUUGAUGAAGCUCAACCAAGAGACGGUGACGAUAGAGCUCAAGAACGGGACGGUAGUCCAUGGGACGAUCUCUGGUGUGGAUGUGGCGAUGAACACGCAUCUUAAGGCGGUCAAGAUGACCGUCCGGAAUCGGGAGCCCGUGCAGCUCGACUCGCUCUCGAUCCGAGGCUCGAACGUCCGAUACAUCAUUCUUCCCGACUCUCUUCCGCUGGACACAUUACUGAUCGAUGAUGCACCCAAGCCCAAGAAGAAGAAGGACGGUGAUGCGCGUGGUCGGGGUAGGGGACGUGGCGCUGUUGAGCGCGGAGGAAGGAGCCGAGGGCGUGGUCGAGGUCGGACACGUGGGAUCUAAGAGGGAAUUCUUCACUUGUUACUUGUCCCUCUUCCUAGCCCCCCAUCGUCAUCCCAUCUUAGCUACUUACUACCCGCUGUUUCGCUUGGGGGUCUAAACUUGAUCGUCUCUUGAGUACUGUUGAUACUUACAUUCAACUGCCUUCCAGUUCACGAGCCCCCGUCGAUCCAUGCAUCUUUGCUCUCGCUCUCCUCUCUUGACCUGAAAAAAAAAAUCUCGAUCGUGAAUCAACUGUCGGUAUCUCUUGUGUGAAAUGUGGAUCAUAUAAGCACCCUUCUUUGGAUUCUUUGGAAGUCCUGCUGAUCUUGAUCGCCCUGAGCUCAACUUGUUUGGAAUUCGGUUGUGCCUACGUGCUACACAAAAUGAGCUCGCCUACUCAAUUGUUGAAUUGUCUACCGUCCCCCUUUUCCACAACUUGGCAUUCUCUAAAAUCAUAAUGAGUCGGAGCUCGAAUGUCCAUAAUCUGACAAUGCGUGGCCAAGUAUGAUCCACACCACGAUUUAGAUA